CUAGCAUUAGCUUUAUAUUAGCUUCUCAGUCAGUCUUGCUUUCUCACAUAGCUCUGUAAACACUUCACUACGCUGUUUAUACCCAACCUUGACGGGACUAACGUGACCGAGGCUUGAAAGAAUAUGCCCAAGAAUAAAGGAAAGGGAGGUAAGAAUAGGCGACGUGGAAAGAACGAGAAUGAGUCCGAGAAGAGAGAGUUGGUGUUCAAAGAGGACGGACAGGAAUACGCUCAGGUGAUCAAAAUGCUGGGGAACGGACGUCUGGAGGCCAUGUGCUUCGAUGGAACCAAGCGGCUUUGCCACAUCAGAGGAAAACUCCGGAAAAAGGUUUGGAUUAACACGUCAGACAUCAUCCUGGUCGGACUGAGAGAUUAUCAGGAUAACAAAGCUGACGUCAUCCUCAAGUACAACGCAGACGAGGCUCGUAGUUUGAAAGCGUACGGAGAGCUUCCAGAGCACGCCAAAAUCAACGAGACAGACACCUUCGGACCCGGAGACGACGAUGAGAUCCAGUUUGAUGACAUUGGUGAUGAUGAUGAGGACAUUGAUGAUAUCUAAAGACCUGCUACUAGAAGGGGAAGGUGGGAUUUUACUAGAGAUGCUCCGAUUGGGAUAUUUUGAGCCGAUACAGCGCACCGAUAAUAAUUAUUUUUAUUAAGAUCAGCCUAUGCCAAUCCAAUACAGUUUAUUCAUAUUACAGUAUGUUUCCAUUUAUUCCAGUUUGUUCACCAUCGGUAGAUGUCUUUGUAGAUUUUUGGAGAACUUUUAAGUGCAUUUCAAACGAGGGGGAAGAAUCGGAACUUUUUCAUGAGUUCGUUUGUCGACAUGAAUGAAUGAAUGAACGAGUGAAUGAGAUGCUGCUUUUUAAAAGGAAGUCAGAAGGUCUCAGUUUAUCACUCGCAGCAGCAGCCGGACGGCCACGCUGCGGGUUGCCCCCGGCGACCGACCCGUAGAGGCUGAUCACCAGCAUCACAUUGAAUUUGAAGGUGAAUAUCAGGAGCAUCACCGCUUGAGUUUUAUUUUCUUAUUUUUUGUUGCUUUAAAAGAUCCAACAAACGCAACAAAUUCACCGUCACAUUCACGAGUUUUCUUUUUUUUCUUCCUAUUUUUUUUAUUUUUAUUUCCUUCCUUCCUUCCUGUAACGCUCAACAAGCACUCGCGCCGUUCUAUGACUGCAAAAAAAACACACACACACACCGAAAUGCGUCAUCUUUUUAAAAAAAUGUAUUUAUAUUGAUUUCACAGUUAUUGUGGAAUUUAGAAACAAAAUAAAAAAAAACUACAGAAUCUUUGGAUUCGCCAAUAAAAAGAUAAACCAUUUUGUGUUUUUUUGUUUUGUUUUUUUUCUCCUCCUCUUCUUCAGGCAGUCUUGUAUCGUUGUAGUUGUCGUAAAUAAAGACGUAGACAGUGUGAAAGCUGUUUAUUAAUGACAAGAAAGAUAAUAACACUUGAGUCUGUAUCUUUUUCAUUUUAACGUCAUAUUCCACUGACAAUGUAUUUUUAUUAUUAUUAUUUUUAUUGGAUUGAACCAUGGCCGAUAGAAGGCGACCCCAUUUCCCCCCCUUAAAUCAGAAGGAGAAUCAAAAUGUAUUUUUCUAUUGUUUCCCUUAUUUGUGUCUCUUGUCUGUUUUUUUGUUUUUUUUGUUUCCAUGUUUUUUUGUUGUUUGAACUCUUUCGUCGUCGCUGCUGCAGUUCGCUCUGUGGCGCUUCGACCGUGCGGUGAACCUCGGGCCGCUCUGUCUCAAGCUAGACCAGCGGUUCCCAAACACACACUGAGACACACACAAACACACACACAAACACACACACACACACAAAACCUAAAACCUCAGAUCAGAGCCGUCUGUCUUACAUCUUUUUACACAUCCUCAACCUCCAAAAA